UUGCUUCCCCUGGUCCCUCCUGGGGGCUUUGCUGGGCCCAUGGGGGACACCGUCAGAGGGAGCAUGGGGAGACUGCCCCAUCGCAUUACUCCCCUCAUGGUGUGGUGCUUCCUCACCUUCCAGGCAGCUGCCUGCCUGCAGGAGCAGCCCCGCAGCCAUGCCGAGGAGCGUCUCUUCAAGCACCUCUUCACCGGCUACAACCGCUGGUCGCGGCCGGUGCCCAACACCUCUGAUGUGGUCAUUGUCAAGUUCGGGCUCUCCAUCGCGCAGCUCAUCGACGUGGAUGAGAAGAACCAAAUGAUGACCACAAAUGUCUGGCUGAAGCAGGAGUGGAGUGACUACAAACUGCGCUGGGACCCGGCAGAAUUUGACAAUGUCACCUCCAUCCGAGUGCCCUCUGAGAUGAUUUGGAUCCCUGACAUCGUGCUCUACAACAA